GGGCCACCCCGAGGUAGAGUCGCCCAACAUGGAGCAGUACACCUGGGAUGACCACCACUACGAGGGCUCCCUGUUCCCCACCUCCACCCUCAUCCCGGUCACCGUCAUCUGCAUGCUCAUCUUCAUUGUGGGCGUCACUGGCAACACCAUGACCAUCCUCAUCAUCCAGCACUCCAAGGACAUGAAGACCACCACCAACCUGUACCUGUCCAGCAUGGCCGUGUCCGAUCUCAUCAUCUUCCUGUGCCUGCCCUUUGACCUGUACCGCCUGUGGAAGUAUGUGCCCUGGCUGUUCGGCGAGGCCGUGUGCCGUUUUUACCACUACAUCUUUGAAGGCUGCACAUCGGCAACUAUCCUCCACAUCACAGCUCUGAGCAUCGAGCGCUACCUGGCCAUCAGCUUCCCCUUUAAGAGCAAAGUGGUGGUGACGAGGAGGAGAGUUCAGUACAUCAUCCUGGCCUUAUGGGGGUUUGCACUUGUGUCUGCCGCUCCCACACUCUUUCUGGUCGGGGUGGAGUAUGAGAACGAAACACACCCGGACUUGGAUACAGGGCAGUGUAAGCACACGAGUGACGCCAUCAGCUCGGGACAGCUGCACAUCAUGCUGUGGGUGUCCACUACAUAUUUCUUCUGCCCCAUGCUUUGCCUCAUCUUCCUCUAUGGCUCCAUCGGCUGUAAGCUGUGGAAGAGCAAGAGCGACAUGCAGGGCCCCUGUGCACUGGCCCGAGAGAGGUCGCACAGGCAGACAGUCAAGAUCCUAGUGGUGGUGGUCUUGGCCUUCAUCAUCUGCUGGCUGCCCUACCACAUAGGACGGAACCUGUUUGCGCAGGUGGACGACUACGACACGGCCAUGCUGAGUCAGAACUUCAACAUGGCGUCUAUGGUUCUGUGUUACCUGAGCGCUUCUAUCAACCCCGUGGUCUACAACCUGAUGUCAAGGAAAUAUCGGGCGGCUGCCAAACGUCUCUUCCAGCUGCGGCAGAGGUCCAGACAGGCCCAGCGCAGACAGAGGCCUCUAUGUGUGGUGGAGCACAUGACGGAGAGCCUCACAGGAGUUUGA